UUUGUUCGGGUUUGAGAUUGCGACUACACUGACCUUAUUUGCAAUGGCUGUUCAGAUCAUGUUGUAAACACCGGCUUGUUUACACAAGUACAAACCUUAAUACCAGCAGAACCUGAUAAACAAAAAAGAUGCCGGGAAAGUUGAAGGUUCGGGUGGUCAGUGGGAGAGCCCUACCCAUCAUGGAUCGGUCAACUGACCUUACUGAUGCCUUUGUAGAGGUUAGAUUUGGAAAUGAAGCCUUCAAGACGGAUGUUUGUAAACGAUCCCUAAAUCCACAGUGGGCUUCAGAAUGGUUCAAGUUUGAGGUUGAAGAUGAGUCCUUACAAGAUGACCCAUUGGAACUGAGGGUCCUGGACCAUGAUACCUACAGCGCUCAUGAUGCCAUAGGUAAAGUGUACAUCGACUUGAACCCACUUCUCACCAAGGAAAACCCACAUGUCAUCAGUGGCUGGUUCCCUAUUUAUGAUACCAUGCAUGGAAUUAGAGGUGAGCUCAAUGUCAUCGUCAAAGUUGAGCUGUUCAGCGAUUUCAACAAAUUCAGACAUUCAUCAUGUGGAGUUCAAUUUUUCAGCACUGCUGAGGUGCCAUGUGGAUACCGGCUCCAGAUGAUCCAUGGAUUUGUUGAGGAGUUGGUCGUUAAUGACGACCCGGAGUACCAGUGGAUUGAUAAAAUACGAACACCCCGGGCUUCCAACGAGGCCCGACAAAGGCUGUUUUCCAGGCUUUCAGGAGAAUUACAGAGGAAGAUAGGGCUGAAGGUUUUAGAACUCGGUGGUAACUCAGUUAUAGGGUACACUCAGUGUUUUGAUCUAGAAGGCGAGUCGGGAAUUGUUGUUCGUAGUAUCGGUACAGCCGUAACAAUCAAUAGGCCUGACCUCAAACCUGUGCCAUCACCCCUAGGGGUCUCGCCGCAACCCAAAGAUCUGCGGCAUGCUGUCCACUCAUUCGUAUCCAGGUCUCUCACGUUUCAUCACAUUGGGACUCCGCCCCAUACACCUGUCCGACAGUCUCCCCUAUCAUCACCCCCACCCUCAGCUCCGCCCUUCCAUAAUGGCAGCCAAUCAGCAUUUAGUUUCCUUUUCAGUUCCCCGGUACCCGAAGAUGCGGUUGUUCCAUCCUCCCCACCUUCCCAGGUUCAGCAGUGCACCACAUCACCAAUGAAGGUGUCUCCACUGUUGCCACAACGUAUACGACGUCGGUCAUCCGAUUCAGACCUCAGCAACACCCCGCCUAAAGGAAAUAACAGUUUGACUGAGAGUAGUGGCAGUGGUAGUGCGUUUGGUAGUGGAGGGAAAGCCAUACCCAAGUUAUCAGCCCAGCAGCCGAGUAUAGAGAUGAUGGAGUACCCAUUUUUCACGAUGACAUCAUUCCCACCAGGCUUCAUCGUCCACCUGGGAGGUGUGGUGUCGGCCCGCUCAGUCAAACUUCUGGACAAGAUACACAACCCAGAGGAACCAGAGACUCGCGAUGCCUGGUGGACCGAGAUACGGACAGAAAUCCGAUCUCAUGCCCGGGCCAUGGGAUGUCACGCUGUGCUCGGCUACUCAGAACACACCUCUAUCUGUGAUGAAGUGAUUGUUCUGUCCGCCAUGGGAACGGCUGCCCGGGUGACCGUGACUUCUGAUCUCACUCAGCUACUACGAAAUCCGAGCCAGCCAGUGGUCCCUCCCCAUGAGCGGGCUCAGAUAGACAAGGACAAGAGGCUAUUUGUGGAUGUCAAUUUGGCCAAUCAGGUCUCCCAGAACAAAACCUUCCAUGGAGGCUAUGGGUUUGAUGAUAGUAUACAGAGUAACUGUUCCUUGUGCCAUAUACCAUAUAAGGCUAGAUCUACACCCUUUCCUGUCAAGCUCGCUGUAUGUGCCAUAUGCAAGAAGAAGAAGGUUCCUGAUGUCCUAUUCACCACAAUCGACCCUCCCAGUGAAAUUCAGAUUUGUGGGCGUGGCUCUCUCAUUCAGGCAAGAAUAUGUAGAAUGAAAUUGAAAGGAAAAGGAGAGACAAAUGCAAGAGAGAUAAGUGAUAGUCUCCCUUUCCUGGAGUAUGAACUACACAACCAGCUUAUGAACAAGUUAAAGUUACGUGGUAUGAACGGCCUGUUUGGAUUGAAGAUCCAGAUUUCUAUUGGGGAUACUCUACUGGUUGGAAUAGCUACCGCCACUGCUGUGUUUCUGUCUGCUCUAAUGCUUCCACCUGUCCCCAAGGUCACAGGACAGGCAACAUCUGACCGUGAGAACCUGGCGCUGAUAGAACUACAGAAAAAGAUAACGGAAACUGUACAGAAGAACCGAGAGAUUCAUGAUCUUUUACAAAUAGAUACAGGACAGACAAGUCCACACUCAGUGACCACAGAUGAAAGUGAUGAUGAUGCAUCUGACCUUGAACUCUCUUCUGGAAGUAAAAACACAUUUAUACUGGAGGUGGAUGAUACCAAAGACCAGAACAUUGCCUCUAUUCUGAGUGACUCUGUGACUCCUGAGGGGUUCAAUCUUAUCAACACAGAGCGGGUCCCUGGUGCUCUGUCAGCAAACCUCACAUACAACUUCCAGAUGUUCAACUAUGUGUGGCGACAUGAGUUCAUUCCAACUACUGACAAGAAACAAGAUUUUUCUGACUUGUUUGAAAACAUUAAAAAAAAAAUCUGUUUCAAGUUACGAAGAAUGGUUCCAUGCUGUGUGUGCAAACUUGAAUUCAACGUGGAGCUUCCAGAUGAGGACGAAAUACAGAUCACACUGACAGGUGUUUGUGUGGGACUAACCGACCAACAUCUGGCCACAUCUCUCUUGGACAUCCAUAACUCUGGCACGAAAGGAAACCUCCUGAAAACAGCUCCGGGAGCUGGAGACAGCAGUGGUGGGGGAGGAGAAACACAACCUGAUGAUAUGAUGUUCCACAUGGAAGAGUUGUCAGAAAGCUCACCCAACUUACAUAACUACCUCAAAGCAUCCCGGACAUCCAAAGACAACAUACAGAUCAGCAGUUCAAAGCGCUGUAUCCACCCAUACAUUCCCAAACACAAGGUUGGCAUAGAGAUCACACCCCUGUCCUAUGUUCCUGGUGGCAAGAUCGAACGCUACCUUGGCAACUACAAUUUCUUCUUCAUUCGAGAAACAACAUCUUUACGAGAGAUGGGGGGUGAUGGAGGUUUCAUGCAGACCUUUAUAGCGGAGGUCCUGGCCAAUGUUCGUGCCAGUGUAGCCGCCCUAGGAGGUAACGGCCUGGUGGCCUACAGGAUGAGUCAAUGUGUUCUUCUCAGUAACCCACAGAAAAAUCAGAGCCAAUGUUUGAUCAAUGUGUACGGUGAUGCUGUGUGUAUAUGUUACGACGGAGAGUCUACUUGUGGAUCCGCCCUGAUAGAACCCACAGGGAAAAUCACAGAUUCUCCUCUCAUCAUACACACAUCAACAACAACAUAAAACAACAGGGAGUCUUCCAGUAGAUCCUCCCUGAUAGAACCAACAGGGAAUGUCACCAAUUCUCCUGUCAUCAUACACUAAAUGACGAGGAGCAUUCCAGUAGAUCCGCCCUGAUAGAACCCACAGGGAAUGUCACCAAUUCUCCUGUCAUCAUACACACAUAAACAACAGGGAGCCUUCCAAUAGAUCCGCCCUGAUAGAACCCACAGGGAAUGUCACCAAUUCUCCUGUCAUCAUACACACAUAAACAACAACAUAAACAACAGGGAGCCUUCCAAUAGAUCCGCCCUGAUAGAACCAACAGGGAAUGUCACCAAUUCUCCUGUCAUCAUACACACAUAAACAACAGGGAGCCUUCCAAUAGAUCCGCCCUGAUAGAACCCACAGGGAAUGUCACCAAUUCUCCUGUCAUCAUACACUAAACAACGAGGAGCCUUCCUGUGGAUCCACACUGAUAGAACCCACAGGGAAAAAUUACUGAUUCUCCUUUCAUCAUGAAUGCAUAGAAUUAAAGAAAAAAUACAAGUAUUAUCUAUUUAUUAAGACUAAAUACAUGUACGUCGUCUGGUAUGAAAUUGUACAUGCUGCUAGGCCUCGACUUGUAACUACUGCUGACAGUAGAUUAAAUCUACUUAGAGAUUGACUUAAGGCUCUAGUUCUAGUUUUGGUUUUACAUACCCGGUAUUAACAUUAAGAAAUAUGCAUAAAAAUGUGCUUCCUGAUUUUAAAGAUAAAAGUCAGAAGAAAAAAAAUCUUGGCCAGACUUAACAAUUCCCUUUUAAAUGUUAACCCUUUUUUGUAUGCAUUAUUUGUAUAUUUGUUACAAAAAUCAAUUUUGCACGUUAUGUUGUUUUUUUCUUUUUACUGAGGUUAUUUGAUGUAACCUAUUAACAGUAAAAUGUCUGUUUUAAAGUUUUAAAUUGACAUAAAUAUCGGUUAUAUUAUUACAUUGACUGUCAAUGUCAUGAAAGAUGAUAACUCUGCUCAUGAAUUGUCAGUUUCACAAAUAUUUGUGGUCUGUUUUCCUGAAAUCAGCUCAUGUGUGUUCAUUCCUAAUAUUGUAAACCCAGUGAUGUGUUCAAUGUCCGUGUAUUGCAAGGAUGGUCGUAUUGACAGCUGUGAAAAUGUGCUUCUUUGAUUUGUCGUUUAAUUAAUAUAAAUGAAGAUAGGUUAUUGAACUAAGCUAUGUGUUUGAGUUCAUAAUUUGCAGCAGACCAAACUAAAAUAUAAUCUUUAAUAGCAUACAAUAUUGUUCUGUUAGUUUGAUUAUAUAGUGAAGGGACACAGUGGCCGAGUGGUUAAGGUGUCCCGACACUUUAUCACUAGCCCUCCACCUCUGGGUCGCUAUUUUGAAACCCACGUGGGGCAGUUGCUUGGUACUGGCCGUAGGCCGGUGGUUUUUCUUCGGGUACUCCAGCUUUCCUCCACUCCAAAACCUGGCACGUCCUUAAAUGACCCUGGCUGUUAAACGGACGUUAAACAAAAAUAAACUAAACCAAUCAUAUAGUGAACCGUGUCAUACACCUAUGAUGGCUGCACCUUAAUGAACCUUAGCACAUCCCUGAGGACCUUUUAAAGUUUUUAUACAUAAACCUUUGGCAGUCUCUUAGGCUGCAACAAAUAACACCAAAUUAUGAUCAAAUUUGUUCAUGGACUAAAUCUCAAAGACUUGUUGAUGUAACAGGUCCUUUUCAACUAUUAGAAUCUAACUCCACGUGCAAAACUGUUUGAAACUAGAAAAAUGGAGCACUGUCUGGUACCGAUGACAGUCAUAUACAAGUCUUUGUAUGGGAACUGUGAUGUAAAUAACUACAGAUUCAAUGCUUUCCUGAUAAAGUCUUUCUACUAAAUUUACUGACAUCAUCCUACAUACUCAAACUCUGAAAUUACACAUAUGGUGUGUGACCCAGGACUGAGAAAGACCAACUCACCCCACCCAUGUCUGUCCCCCAGGGACCUGUCCAUCGCUGUGGUCAUACCAGAUGGAUAGCACAAAUCUUGCCAUAGGUGGAUACAGGCAUUAGCAGAAAAAAUCACUGUCUACCUGAUCACAUCACCCACACACAGCCCAUGAAAAUGACUAUAGGAGACAUUCGACUGUAAACCAACCAUCUUGAAUUUCAGUAGAAAUACUUGUGUUAUUUCUUUGUGUUGUAAUAACCCUGCCUCUAUUGCUUGAAUGACUUGUGUGUUGGUCUCCCAGGCUUAUUACAGGGUUAAUGUAGCUGUCUGUUCUGAUAUAUUUACAGACCAUUAACAAAGAUUUUUUGUUUUCUGUGUUAUAUCUAAUACUCUGAUUCAUGUAGCUUACUUACGCUGCAAUAAGCAUAUGUCUGGUAAUACGCCCACCCAUAUAUAUUGCCGUUCAUUCAUAAUGUGAACAAAAGUUAUUUCCUUAUCAGGUAAUAAUCCCACCCCCCAAAUUUUGCAUUAUUAUUUGGACUCGGAGAGUCUGGAUUAAGAGGUUCAAGAAUUAAAUUUUAUAUUCAGUAAAUUUGAUGUUGCAUAUAUAAAAUUUUGGAACAUGUUUUGCCGUUCCUGCUCAAAUACCGGCAUUAUGAUUUUUUGACCGAUCAGACCAAAGUCAUUACCUACUCCAAUAGGUAUUAUUGUCUGCUUUGAUAAGAUGUUUUAAUUUGUAUCGUUAAUUUAUUCUGAAUUUUUCAAAAUAAUAUGUUGUGUUUCCUUCUGCUGAUCCCGCAUGUAUCAACAUAUCAAUAUUUUCCAUUGAUUUUGUAUUUAACUCAACUUUUAAGAAUUACACUAAGAAUUUGGGCCUUUAGUUUUUGUCUUAUAACAAUGUGUUUGACUGGCCUCAGCCCUGUGAAUAAUAGUGCAAGUCUCCAGUUUGAGCAAGACACUACCACAGUGAAACCUGUCUUUACCGACACUUUGUGUGGCCGAGACAAUGUGUCACUUAUGACAGUGUCGGUCGGUGAAGUCAUUGUGGCUAUGACACUCUGGAGCAUGUUGCUGUUCCAUUGGAUAUGGUCAGAUGUUACAGGAUGUUGUUAAUGGUCAGUGGUCAGUAAAGCCAGGUUUCACUAUACAUUUUUUUACCAACCAAAUAAACUACAUGUGAAUAUAGUUUUAAUCCUACAUGCAUGUUUGAGAUUUUUAUGUACAGCCAUUUUAUUAUUGGGGCAUUAGUGGAACAUGUCUGUCCCAUCUGGAUCUUGAUUCAUAAUCAUCUUAUGAUCAAUAAUGUUAGAAUCAGAACAGGUCUUAAAAAGCCCUCAAAAUGAUGAAAAGGUCUUAAAUGGUCCUAUAGCUAGAUUCAACAAAAAAUGUCUUGAUUAUAACUAAACAUCUUUGUGAACUACGGUUGAAUAUUGAUUCUGAUAUUUUUGAAAAUAAUAUUUUAAAUUUUUUAAGAGAAAAAAGCAAAUGAGGAAGUUUUUUUUUUCUUUCAAAUCUGUAAUAGCAGUUAUAAAUUUCUCCAACAGUCAUAAUAGUUUGAAGUGAAAAAUUAAAAAUUGAAGAAAAAAAAAUCAUUGCUGUUUCCGUGAUCAUCUAAUUUUGAAAGCCUUAUUUUUGUAUUAAACCUCAUAUGAACUUUAAUUUCAUGAACCAAAGAUCAAGGCCAAAGUCUUUGUCAGCUAGUAUUUAUAGGUCAAAUAGGGAUGCCAAGCAAAAAAAAGGAUAAUUCUGGAUUUUCUAUUUAUUUUGUUUUAGGAAUAGGGCCAAUUUUGUCUUAUCCUAAUUAGUGUGCAUAUUAAGUGCUAUGUUUUAUCAUUUCCGCUUAAUGUUAUUAUUGUUUAUUUGUGUUAUUUACAUGUAGUUUGUUUAAAAAUCAUAGAUUAUAAGAUAGUAAACAUGUUGUGAUAUUGUUUGAUAGGUGCCAAAUUUUAGUUCAUUUGAAUUUUUUGAACAAAAUGUUAUUUAUGAUAGCUCAAAUUCAAUAAGUUAGUUAGGAGCACUCUUUUUCAGAUUUGCUAAAAAUUGGAAAGGAGACAUCAAAAUGCAGAUUUGCUCAGAAUUGCAAAGGGAGGUAAUAAUCGAGAAGGGAGAUGAUAAUUUGAGUUAUCUGAUCCAAUAUGUUGUACUACACUAAGGAGCAAUUAGUUGCAUUGGUACAGCAUGAUUUAAUAAUCCUGUCAAUUCACAUUGACAGACAUUAUGAGAGGUAACCAAACACAAUGUAUCGUGUAUGACACCCAGUUUGGUAAUGGUAGUCUAACCCGUAAAAUAUGAAGUGGUAUUUUGAGUUUAAUUCAUAGAAGAAAAAAAAAAUCAUUCCUUUUAAAAUUGUAUUAUUCAUUUAAUACAUUGCAUAAUAGUUGGUAAUAGAGUUGUGAUGUAUACAUUAUAUGGUUUUUGCCUGACAGAGUUAGUGGUAUGAUGCUGCUACUUCCAUUGUGUAGCUGGAUAGAAAUUUUCAUUUGUUUACAAUCUGGCUGCCUGAAAUUCUAAUACAAAAUAAAGAUAUUCAACUGAUA